CCGCAAAAAUUCCAUAUCUUAUCAUAGCUUCUCUUCCUCUCUCAAGAUUGUGAUUUGUGUGUACUGUUAAAGAAUUCGUUAAACAAGAUGUCUGGCCGUGGAAAAGGAGGCAAGGGUUUGGGAAAGGGAGGAGCAAAACGGCACCGUAAGGUGUUGCGCGAUAACAUUCAAGGUAUCACUAAGCCAGCGAUUCGGCGUCUGGCUCGUAGGGGUGGCGUGAAGCGUAUCAGUGGCCUUAUCUACGAAGAAACCCGUGGAGUCCUCAAGAUCUUUCUAGAGAACGUGAUUCGCGACGCUGUCACAUACACUGAGCACGCCAGAAGAAAGACUGUUACGGCUAUGGAUGUCGUUUAUGCGCUCAAGAGACAGGGAAGGACUCUGUACGGAUUUGGAGGCUAGGGUUUUCUGCUUUGUUAGAUUUGAUUUGUUGGUUCUAUUAGUUUAUGUGGAUUAGAAUAGGCCUUGCUUCCAAAAAAUAAUGAAAAAUAGCAACGAUUUAAUCUUUAGGUUUAGUGAGCAAUUCAAUCUGAUUUGGCUUGCGAGUAUGUAAUCUAAUGAUUAUGUAAUGCAAAUGUUUGAACCACGUGCUUAUCUGCUCAUUUUCUUUAUUGCUUUAAUUUAGCUUAACUUAGGACA